GCGUGACCGCGGCAGGUUGGUCCUGGAGCAGAUGAGCGCAGAAUAUUUAGGCGAAAGCGAGAGGCGGGGGGGAGCGCGGGGCAGGAGGAGUACCUCGGCCAAGAAAAUUAUGCAUGCGUUAGGGAAGCUCUGAGAGAAUGGCUGUGGAAGCUCUCCACUGUGGUUUGAAUCCACGGGGUAUUGAUCACCCUGCCCGUGCUGAAGGUAUUAAACUGCAAAUUGAAGGUGAAGGUGUGGAAUCUCAGUCCAUUAAAAACAAAAAUUUCCAGAAGGUGCCUAACCAAAAAGGAACCCCCAAGCGACUACAGGGAGAAGCUGAGACGCCUAAGUCAUCUACAGUGAAGCUGUCAAAACCAGUGGCUCUAUGGACCCAGCAGGACGUCUGCAAGUGGUUGAAGAAACAUUGUCCGAAUCAGUAUCAGAUCUACAGUGAGUCAUUCAAACAGCAUGACAUAACUGGACGAGCGCUGCUGAGACUCACAGACAAAAAGCUUGAGCGCAUGGGGAUCGCCCAGGAGAACCUCCGGCAGCACAUCUUGCAACAGGUGCUCCAGCUGAAGGUGCGAGAAGAAGUCAGAAACCUGCAGUUACUCACACAAGCCUCAGCCGAGGGUUCUCCAUAAACACGGUUAGCCUUCCAAGCUGCUGUCCUGCCAGUCGGUAUGAACAUGGCCUGCCUGCUCCCCACAGAAAGACUAACUCAUGGCCCUGCCAGAAGAGAUCCUUGGAGCAUUGACAGAUUAACCGGAUUAAAUGAAAAAACACCCACUCAGUCAAGAUUAUAAGCUUUGGGAAAAAAAAAAAAAUCUUAGUUUGCUGUGGAUUUUAAAAUGA